CAAUGCUCUCGUCAGAUACGGGGUACUCCGUAUACAUGGCCAUCUAUCUCCUUUACCACAUGGUCUAUUUAUUAGACCUCCCAUACCACGUGCCCUGGCCCUGUUGCAGCUUGCAGCUUGCAGCCGACAGCUCCCAUCCUGUAGCGUCACCCCCCGGCCCAGUCCCACUUGACACAUGAUUUGUAAUGUCGUCAUUGAGUUUGUCGCAAUUGAAACACCUGUCGACACCUUCCCCUCUCCCCAUAAUUAUAAGAAGCUGUUUGAGCUCCACGGUACUGCGAGUGUCCAGGCCGUCCCUGCCAGCUCCCCUCUUCUCCCCAUCCCACCCCACACCACCACUGCCACCGUCCAGACAUCGCCUCUACUCAACCGCAACCAUGGCUCAACCAACCGUCCGCUCCGCCUACGACCCCAAGAACAUGAAGUUCAGGUACCUGGGUCCCACCGGUCUGCAGGUCUCCCUCUUCUCGCUCGGUGGCUGGCUUACCUACGGUGGCACGCAGAAGGGCUCCAUCGUCAAGGAGAUCCUGCAGACCGCCUGGGACCAUGGCAUCCAAACCUUCGACACCGCCGAGACCUACGCCAACGGUGCCUGCGAGGUCGAGAUGGGCCAGGCCCUGAAGGAGCUCGACUGGCCCCGCGACGAGUACGUCCUGAUCACAAAGAUCUUCUUCGGCACCGGCCGCAAGGAGCCAAACACCCGCGGCCUGUCGCGCAAGCACGUCAUCGAGGGCCUCAAGUCCAGCCUGGCCCGCCUGCAGACCCCCUACGUCGACGUCGUCUUCGCCCACCGCCCGGACGUCGGCACCCCGCUGCUCGAGAUUGUCGAGGGCUUCACCCAGGCCAUCCGCAACCUGAACCUCGCCUAUUACUGGGGUACUAGCGAGUGGAGCGCCCAGCAGAUCGCCGAGGCCACCCGCCUCGCCGAGAAGCACAACCUCAUCGCCCCCAUCGCCGAGCAGCCCCAGUACAACGCCUUCCACCGCGAGCGCUUCGAGGUCGAGUUCAAGCCCCUCUUCGACCAGUUCGGCCUCGGCACCACCAUCUGGAGCCCCCUCGCCAGCGGCCUGCUGACCGGCAAGUACAACGACGGCAUCCCCGAGGGCUCGCGCUUCGCCACCAACAAGGCCUUCUUCGAGAACACCGUCAAGAGCCUGCAGACCGACGAGGGCAAGGCCAAGAUCGAGAAGGUCAAGAAGCUCACAAAGAUCGCCGAGAGGCUCGGCGGCAACACCUCCCAGCUCGCCCUCGCCUGGGCCGCCAGCAACCCCAACGUCAGCACCGUCAUCCUCGGCGCCACCAAGAUCGAGCAGAUCAACGACAACAUCAAGGCCCUCGACCUGCUGGACAAGAUCACCCCCGAGGUCAAGGAGGAGAUCGAGGCCGUCCUGGACAACAAGCCCAAGGGCCCGUUUACCUUCAACCGAGACAGGUGAAUCGCGCCUUCUGCUGCUGCUGCUGCUUGGGGGCCGAGGUCUUGAAAAACACAGACGCUCACAAUCUUUCUUGAUUUGUAGACAACCGAGACAGAGGAGGAAGUCAAAAGCAAAGCUCUAGAUUUAUCGAGGCCAUACUGUAAGGAUAAUACAUUCGCUGUAAGGAUAAUACAUUCGGAAUUUCGAGA